ACCAAAUUAAUCCCCCCGGCAUUCACUCUUCUAUAUUUCAACUAUUCCCAUACUUCACAUAAUUCCAAGCAUUCAGCCUCGUAAAACAUUAUUCCCUUCACCUUCUCUUCUCUAUAUACGGAAAACACACACUCCCAACUUCCAGUUUUUCUUCUCCCUCUGCUUCUAAUUUUUUUUUGUAUUAAUGGCGGUUUCGUCCAGAUCCGUUAGAGCAAAGGAGCUUCAAAUGCACCAAAAAUGGAAAGAUAGAGAAACCAGUCCGGAACGUAACAAAGUUUGGACUGAAAAUCCAAAUCAUAAGCUCAAAUCUGAACGCAAAGUGCCUGUUGUUUAUUAUCUCACUAGAAAUGGACAACUUGAACAUCCUCAUUUCAUGGAAGUUCCUUUUUCUUCCCCCGACGGACUUUAUCUUAGAGAUGUGAUCAAUCGCUUGAAUUUUCUCCGAGGAAAAGGCAUGGCUUCCCUCUAUUCAUGGUCUGCCAAAAGAAGCUACAGGAAUGGAUUCGUGUGGCACGAUUUAGCUGAGCAUGAUUUUAUAUAUCCAGCACACGGCCAAGAGUACGUUCUCAAAGGAUCAGAACUUUUUGAUGGUGCAACGGCGCUGACAUCUCAAUUGGAAGAAGAAGUAGAAUUUUCCAGUUCGAAAAAUCAGGUGCCGGAAGUGAGAAAACUCAGCGAAGAUCGCGAAUUCCCAGCGGUUUCACGGCGGCGUAAUCAGUCAUGGUGUUCUGCCGACUUCCACGAAUACAGAGUCUACAAAGCAGAGUCGUCCAGUAACGAAUCCUCCGGCAAAGCAGCCGCCGCCGAUGCGUCAACUCAGACAGACGACCGCCAUCGCCGGCGAAGAGAAAUCGGAAUUGUCGAAGAGGAAGAAGAAGAUUACCAGAGAAUCGAGCAAACUCAAAGCCAGUCAACAGAACUGAGCAGAGGCGAGAUUUCACCUCCGCCGUCUGAUUCAAGUCCAGAAACACUUGAAACGUUGAUGAAAGCUGACGGUAGGGUAAUCGUACGGUCAGAAACAGUCAAUGAAGAUCAAACGGCUCAUAAUAAUCAAUCAAGUGGAAAAGGCAGAGGAUCUUCCGUGUUGAUGCAAUUAUUAUCGUGUGGGUCAAUGUCGUUCAAGGACUGUGGGCCCGGUGGUUAUGGCAAAGAUCAUGGGCUUUCAUUGAUUUCACAUUACAAAUCCAGAGUGCCACGUGGACCGGGAUCGAAUUCGGUGGAGAAGGGUGCAGAGAUUACUACGGUGGAGCAUCACGGAAUCACAAAGCUAGAAGAUAAAGAGUACUUCAGCGGGAGCUUAAUAGAGACAAAGAAGGACGAAUAUCCAGCUCUGAAGAGAUCCUCUUCAUUUAAUGCAGAUCGGAGCUCGAAGUUGGAAAUAAGGGAGAAAGAGAUAGAAGGGGUGAGAGCAAAAUGCAUUCCAAGAAGGCCAAAGAAUCAAUCUACCAGAAAGGAAUUAGGAAGCAGCACUGACUUGUCUUGUGGUAGCAGUGCCAGUAUUUCUAGUAGUAGCAGUAGCCAACAUGGUAGCAAAAGGCUAGUGGUUCCACCCCAACUCUAGAAAUAGAGCUAUAUUAAGCAAUAAUUGUUUAGAGGGUCGGAAGCAUUCACCAAAACAAUCUCUAGUCCAUGGUAGUUGUAAAUACAUUGAAACUAGCAAUAAAUUUCGUCAAAAUGCGGAAAGCGAGACUAAGAUGAUUUGAGCAUGUGAAGAAGAGAUGCAUGGAUCUCCUGCGAGGUUGGCUAUAUAUGGAUGGUUACAUGACAGGAUCAGAAGUAGAGCGGAAAAAGUAUUGUGUAGAAGUGAUUAAUCAGGACAUGAUGCAACUUCAGCUUAGCAAGAACAUAACCUUAGAUAGGAGGUUAUGGAGAACACGAAUUAGGAUAAAGAAUUAGUUAGGUUGUUGAGAGUUAUCUCGUUUAUUGUUCCAUACUAGUAUGUAGUCGUAGUAUUAUUUUGAGAGUUCUUGCUAUUCUAUUUCUAUUACUAUUUAAUGUUUUUUACACCUAGAAUAUCGCAUUGUUUGUUAUAGUAUUACUGUUCCUUUUCAACUAUA